GAGAAUCUGAAGCGAGCGCGCCGCGCCGCGAGACGAGUACUUUGAUGAUUGAGUAACUGUCUGUGUAACCUGAGGCUGAGUCUGAGACUGAGAAUGGACCCAAAGUAGUUGUUUUGAAGUUUGGACAGGAACAUUUUUGGAGCUCAAAUGGAUUCUAAGUAUCCCCAGAAUUUCUAGAGUACUAUAGCAGAGAAGAGAGAUAAUCCCGUGGCGUGAAUGUAAGUCCCUCUGGCUCUGGGCUGGCGAGACGAGAGGUAGAGCUUGAAAUCAUCUGCAAACAUGGCUAAUCAAGAUUCAAGCUUCACCGAUUCCAGUUUUGAUACAAGUUUUCCAGAUGAUGCAAGUGUCAGGAGUUUAUCAAGACAGAAUAGUGAUGAUGACGAUGAUGCAGAGGCGUAUAGGAGUUACAAGGAUAGGAGACGGAAUGCUCAUACCGCUGCCGAGCAGAAACGAAGAGAUGCUAUCAAGAAAGGGUAUGAAGACCUCCAGCUGAUUGUUCCUACAUGCCAACAGGCUGAUCAAGUUGGAUCCCAGAAACUCAGUAAAGCUACUGUCUUACAGAGAUCGAUUGAUUAUAUCCAGUAUCUUGUCCAACAAAAGAAGAAACAGGAAGAUGAAUUGGAGGCUCUUAGGAAAGAAGUAAUGGCACUGAAAAUUAUGAAAGCUAAUUAUGAGCAGAUAGUGAAGGCUCACCAAAGCACACCAGGCCGAGGACAGAACCAGGUUUCAGACCAAGUUAAAUUCAAUGUGUUUAAAGCAAUCAUGGAUGCCCAGUUCCAAACCUUCAAUGCCUCAAUAUCAGUUGCUAGUUUUGCAGAGCUUUCAGCGUGUGUCUUCAGCUGGUUAGAAGAAUACUGCAAACCUCAGACGCUCCGAGAACUGGUUGCCGAGGUCUUGAGGAAAGCAAGUCAGAACCAACUUUAUUGAAUGAUAGUAAGGGAUUCCACCAACAAUACAAAGAGACUUGUACAAAGUUAAAAUAAUGAAUAUAAAGUUAAAAAAAUAGACUUCGAGAACAGGGAUACUUCAGCAUUGAUAGUAUCUUACUGACUCCAUGGAUUCUCUAAAUCCCUAGGAAAUUAUGCAGGUAAAUUUUUGUUGCGCCGACAUCUUAAGAAACGAUAAAUUUUGGACUAGUAUAUCAAUAUAUGAUGCUACUGGAGAGUAACUUCCUUAUACUGCAUUGACAUUGAGAGAGGAGUGCCUAACAUACUAUCCAGUUCGUGAGUGUUCAUCAUUAAUCUUCAAGUAACCCUAGAUUUCUUCAUGAGGAAGGCUUUCAGUUACUGCCUUUCAGCACAGGGGCCCGUAUUCUGAAGUCGGGUUUAAGUUAGACCAUGGUCUAACUCUGUGCUAAAAUUAUGGGAAGCCAAACGGUUCAAAAUUUUGUUUACAGUGAAUGCUUCUCAUGUUUACUGUGCUCUUUACUAAUUCUUUAAUGGUGAAGACAACUGUCAUUCUUAUCCUUCCCAGGCAGUUGAUAAUGUUAUGGGAGUCAAAUGAGCUGAUGAAUUGAACCUCUACUGUUAUAGAUUAACUGGCUUUCCAUAAUCACAACUUGAAACCAGAGUUUAAAUUAAACCCGACUUCAGAAUACGGGCCAGGAUGUCCUGUAUAGCUUUUAUAAACACUGCACACUAAUGUAGCGUAUCACAGAUGCAAUGUCAAUUUUGAUGAUAUUGCCUAACUUCAUAUGGCAUACAAGAUUGUCCUGUUUUAUUAGGUAUCCUUGUAUACAAAUGAUACAGGUGUUAUUAAUUUCAUAGUAAAUCAUGUUUUACAUUUAUUGUACAGUAUUGAAUGAAUUAUUGUAGACAGUAGACACCAGAGUAUCGUAAUUGGGGGGGGGGGGGGGAGUCCACCCAUUAAUAUUGCAGUUUUGGGGAGAUGAGCCACAUUGAACCCCCUUUUUUAGUUUCAAACUGCCUUUCUCAAGGUAUGGGACUUUCUGUAAACUAAAAUUGUUCUGUAAAUUCUGUAAAUCUAAAUUGUUUUACCAUUCUUCCCCUUCUUCAGCCUACAAAGAAUAAGUGCUCCCCCCCCCCCAUUGCACCAUAUGUAUAUUUAUGCAUUAUUGGGUUUCCAUGUACAAACGUUUGUAUCAUUCGUAUUGAAACCAUUGUAUGAAAUAGGAGAAAUGAAAUAAUAAUUCAGUAAGUUUUUCUUCAGUAACAAUUGUUUAUGUAUUGAUUUAUUGUCACAUGGUCUGAUAGCAUUUGGUCUUAUUCACAGUUAAAGGACAAGUCCCCAACAAAAAGUAGAUUUGAAUAAAAAGAGAAAAUCAAACAAGCAUAACACUGAAAAUUUCAUCAAAAUCAGAUGUAAAAUAAGAAAGUUAUAUUGUAAAGUUUUGCUUAUUUCACAAAACAGGUAUAUGCACAUCCUGGUCGGUAUCAUCCACUCACUAUUUCUUUUGUAAUUUAUUACGUGAAAUAUUCUAAUUUUCUCCUCAUGGUCAAGUGAUACGAUUAAUUCUUCCCUGAACAUGUGGAAUUACCAUUGUUUGAUAUUAUCUGGUUCAGACAUGUUGGUACUUACUGUCAAAUUAAAUAUUGUAUUGUAUAAUUCAAACAAUAAAAACAAAAGAAAUAGUGAGUGGAGGACAUCAUCAACUGUCUCAUUUGCAUGUCAUUGAAUUGCGCAUAUCACUGUUUUGUGAAAGAUAAGCAAAACUUUAACAUGUCAUAGCUUUCAUAUUUUAUAUCUGAUUUUGAUGAAAUUUUCAGUGUUAUACAAGUUUGAUUUUUCUUGGGUGGACUUGACAUUUAAGAAUGGGCAUAGCCUAAAUUGUACACAAUGGCCUGUACUCUGAACUCUAGUUAAAUUCAAAUUGUGGUCUAAAGUUGUGGUUUAACUAUGGAUAGCCAAUAGUGACAUAAAUCUCUAACAAUACAGGUUUAUCAGCUCAUCAUUCAUAAUUGUCUGAGAAUAAUAAUGGAAUUAAUUUCCAUUGUCCUUAUAUAGUAUGAUGAAAGAGGACAAUAAACAAAAGAAUUAUAUAGUGAUAGCAGAAUUUUGAGAUUUUUGGCUUCCCAUAAUUUUAGCACAGAUGAAAAGACCAUGGACUUCAGAAUCUGGGCCAAUGAUAUAAAUUGAAAUUAUGCUGCUUAUUGUGAACAUUGUACUGUAGUGCUCACAUCCAUAAAUGCCAAUGUAAUGUUGAUGUUUAGAUUUUUUUCUUCAUGUGUGAAAAAGUGUUACUUUAACAUUUAGUACAAGAACAAAAUUUGUGUGCAUAUAGGGACAUCUUGUGGAAGUAUGUAUUUUGCCCAAGUACAAAAAAAAAUUGAAAAUAUGAUUCCAUAUGGGGUUCAAUAAAAAUGAUUUGAAAACAGAUUCCAUAUGAAACGUAUUACAAUAGAAAAUAGUUAAAAGGACAAGUCCACCCCAACCAAACAUUGAUUUGAAUAAAAGGAGAAAAAUCAAACGAGCAUAACACUGAAAAUUUCAUCAAAAUCGGAUGUAAAAUAAGAAAGUCAUGACAUUUUAAAGUUUCGCUUAAUUUCACAAAACGGUCAUAUGCACAUCCUGGUCAGUAUGCAAAUGAGUGGACUGAUGACAUCAUUCACUAUUUCUUUGUAUUUUAUUACAUGAAAUAUGAAGAAAAAAUCUAAUUUACUCAUUGUCAUGUGAAACUUAAUUUCAUUCCUCCCUGAACAUAUGGAAUGACCAUUGUUUUAACAGUUAAUGGUUAAUUCCAGUUGGUCCUUAUUGUCAAAUCUGUAAAAAUUGAAAUAUUGUACAAUUCAAACAAAAAACAAAAGAAAUGGUGAGGGACAUCAUCAACUCUCAUGAUUUUUCUCUAUUUAUUCAAAUCAACAAUUUUCUGGGGUGGACUUGACCAUUGAUUAGUACCGAGUACACAGAUACGUUAGCACUAAGAGAGCACACUGACAGUAGACCCAGUCACAUCUUUCAGAUUACGAUGUCAAACAAUGAUCCAAGAUGUAAAUAAUGCACAUUAGGCAUCGCUGCGACUUCAGUCACAUUACUGGUUGUAACAGGGGCAUCUGUUAGUGCAUUGUUACUACUAACGUUUCUGACUUACUGUGUGGCCGGUACUGGGCAAUAUUUCACUUGAGGUUAAUUUGACUUUUGCAAAUUGAACAUGGGUAGAAUUGCCUCAAUUAAUAUGGAGACAGGAAAUUCAAAAGCACUUUUAACUAAAAGAAUGCAAGAGACUUACAUUGGGAUUCAUUCUCUUUAUUUAUUUCAUAAAAAAAAGUAUUUACAUCGACAAACAAGCAGUGUCAAUUUAAUUUAAAUUGACUGCAUAAAAUACAUGUAUGUGACUAUGGAUAUGUAUUUGUCAUCAGAAACUUCAAGAUCUAGAAACACAAAAUUGAGUUUAUCUCCAUACGCAUGAAAAGUAUAAAGAUAGUAAAAGCCUUAUACAAAAUAUUGGAAACCAUGAAGUUUAAUAAUUCAUCCAGGAUUAUGCCAUACUGAUCAUGUUCAUAAAAUAUAAUAGCCAAUGGUUUUGCAACAUUCUUGUAAGAACAGUGAACUACUCAAAUUUCCUUUUAACAGUGAAAACAAAUUGAUUAAGCAUCCAUUAGAUUGCUCUGGGAGAAAUCAAAGACUGUAGAUUUAAGUACAAUUACAUUGAGUUUGAAAAUACUGUUCUGGUACAUGUAUAUUGUGUCAAUAAUUGUAAAGAUUUCAAUAUAAAUGGUAUUCGUGUAAUAAAAUGUGUUAUUUUAA